CGAGAUAUGGCUUGACCAAAUUGCCUACAAGCACGAAUGGAGAGCCAUCGGGCGACUAGCAUCACUAAGUGAAGAAGAGAUCCAGCUUUGUUCAUGGCCGAAGUAUACCUUGUCCUUGGUUGACGAGACUGCUGUCGGUACCGACUCUGCGCUUGUCACUGCCCGUAUGUGCAAGACUCAGCCGCGUAUCUGAGUUACCCAGCUGUCGGGUAUCGUUGAGCAGCUCGAGUUGGAGUGCACAUACUAUAGUGUAUGUGGCGUGAAUCCUCAUCAGGCUACACUUGCUGUCAACGGACGCCCCAGAACGAGAUGCAUCACUACCUCGGAGGUAGCUCGAUUUCCCCAAGAACACGCGUGGUCAGGUACAAAGGAGUGAGUAUACAUAUCCUUCUCGCGCCCUUGCUGGACCUCACAUCACCUUCACCACUUCGACUGCCACAUAUUCCAGCGUGACUUGCAGCAAAAGUCGACCUUUCCCACUCUCGCUUUACUACCAAUAGCCUUCCAAAAUCAUGGGCGUUGCUUCAUUCCUCCACUCCUUGCGCGGGAAGAGCCAGGAGCCAUCCUCCUCGCCCUCAUCAUCGCCCUCUCAGCAAUGCAGCCCGACUUCCAACCCUGCCAACACUGAUGGUUUCGAAAUGCUUUCGAAGGACAGCCACAGGAGAAGCCCAGCUUUGAACCUGUCCCGACCCAAUGCCACACAUUGCAAAGACCGUCGCAGCUGGUUUGAUGAAAGGCCAGACAUUGAUCAAGCUCUCCCCGAUACGCCAAUCAGCCCAUUCACUGCUCCGCCAUCAGCGCACUCUGUUCCCUAUGGCCCGGAUCUGGAGAGAGAGUAUUUGAAGUUCAGCAGAGAUAGCAGAGCUCCUGUGGAGGCAUUGCCGACGCCUCCAUUGACACCGUGCACGAGCGAGCGACCUCCUCUAUCACCGUGCACGAGCGAGCGACCUCCUCUAUCGCCAACAACUACCAUGUCAGCAUACGAGCGCAAGGAUAGCCAUAUGUCGAAUGCACAUCGGCGAAAAUCCAGCACGCUUAGCACCAGAUCGAGGCGCAAGUCUCGCUCUUCCUUCUGGGAGUCAUCUAACCCCGAUGACAGCGAUGUACCGCCUGUUCCUGCUCUCUCCAGAGGUGCAUCGUCAGAGUCUAUCACUCAAUCCAUAUCAGGAGAAAGUGUGCCCUCUUCCCCGACUAGCAGCAUGCAUCGUCCCAUGAGUGUGGCCAGCACAACAUCACGGAGGUCGUACGUGCCCCGGUCUGCAGCUCGAGGGUUCCUUCGAUCAACGAGCGGUGCUUCCAUCGAGACGCGUGCGAGCUACCGCAUGUCUUUCAAUGUGAAGCAGGAUGUCGACAUGGUCUGUCUGACGGACGAGCAGCGUCUGGAGUGGGCCAAAUUGAUGGCUGAAGAUGUCAGGCUUGGCGACAUUCCCGAGCCGGCUGCGGAGAUGGGCAAGCAUCAUCAGAUUGGAAGCCUCAACUCUUCACAGAUGCAAGCCCUUGCUGCGCUCGAAUGUGGCGCACGAUGAUGAUGACGAUGAUGGGGAUGAUGAGGUCAAUGUAUGGUAUAGGCUGGCGUUUGGGCGAAUGGACGGAAGCAUAAGGGUUGCUUUUUCGAGAUGAUGGAACGAGUAGGCAUCGAUUUGACAUUUUCAAUCCUCCAUAGCGAUUUCUUCCAAGACAUAGAUUUAUAGAGCAAGAUGCCGUAUAGAGCAAGAUAGCAUACCUGUAUGAU